AUGGCGCAAGCGCAAUCUUAUUAUCAUCAAGUAAGAGCGAAUCAGGUCAGCAGUAGGGGCAAAAAGAGUGUGAUUAGUUGUUACUGUUUUACUGUUACUUUUACUGUUACUACGAAGAUCAGGAUAUUUCCAAAGAAUAAACAAUUAAAAUCGCUUUGGUUAAAUAAACUAGAACUGGAGGGGGAAUCAGUUAAAACUGAAGUAAGAAUUUGUUCAGCACAUUUUGCAGAAGAUGUCUUCUAUUUAUUACAUGGUACAAAACGACUUCGACCAAGUGCACGACCAUCUAAAGGCAGUAAUAGUAGUAGUAUGUUUUCCUCUCCUGCAAGGAAGUUUAGAAGAAAGAAAUUCCCUGAUGGUUGGCUGAAUAAUCCAAAUUUUGCAACAUGGCUUCAAAGAUGUGGUGAACCAUAUAACAGCUGAAAAAAGUGAACCGUUGAAACAUAAAAAUGGUCUGGAGCACAUGACACUUGCGGAUAUAAAAGAAAAAGCUGCAGCGAGUAUAGGGGACGACUAAUCACGUCAGUAUCGACACCCUUUAACAAUGACAGGUAAUAUCAUUGAUUAAUAGUCAAAUAGGUUAAUAAUCAAAUAUCGUACAAAAAGGUAUACAAAUUCUAGAAACGAUAUAUAAAUAUAUAUACAAUAAACAUUAACUAUUUGCAUUGCUUUGUUUUUGAUAUAUCUUUUUUAACCCUUUCGCGAUGGCGGAACUAGUCACAAGUAUGCCACUAACGAAGAGGUCAUCGUGCUAUUAGUGCACACCGUACACAUUAAGAAUGUCUCACGUUUUCGGAGCUCCCAGUGAGUCCGUAAAAUCUUUGAGUAUUUUGUUGGUACAAUAGAACUAACAGUGGAGAACUUAAGCAUGUUUCGGAUAUAGGGAAUGUUAUUGAAUCUUUGUUCUGUAUUUUAAAAUAAAUCCAGUAAUAAAUCUUCA